CCCGUGCUCGCUCACCUCCAGCUACCGCGCGACACGACUACCUGCCCCACAGACCCGCGGGGCUGAGCCUGCGCCGCACUGCUGGUCACGUGACCGAGGCGAGGCGGUUCACCAGCCCCGCGGCCCCAGCCCCCUCUGGAGGACACGUGUUACGCGCACGCAACGAGCGCGUUCCCGCAGCUCGCGGCAAUAGCUCGUUCAAACUGGGAGCGCUGAAAACUUGCGAAUUGGUGCUGCAGAACUGCUGGCUGCCACUAGGGGCCACUGGACCAGGCAGAGACCAACUUUCCAGUUCGUAAAUACAGGACACUGCCAAAGGGGAGUGAGAGGAGGAGCUGGAGGGUUCUGGCCAGCUGCAUUUCCCAGCACAUCCUGAAGGAAGGAGGAGGCAUGCAGCAAACUCCAUACAAGCCCGAGACCUAGCAUCUGACUUUUUCUCUCUUGAUCCCUGUGCUCUGAGGGAAUUCCUCCAGGAGUAUCAGCAUUUCCAGUGAAGCCUGGUUGAGAUCACACUUUCAUGAAGAAAAUUUGCUGUCCAUUUACUUCCUGGAUUAUGGCACAGCCUCAAGGCUUGGGGAGGAGAUACAUUAAAGCCUUUUUUAAAGGCUUCUUUGUUGCUGUUCCUGUGACAGUGACUUUUCUAGAUAGAGUGGCCUGUGUAGCAAGAGUGGAAGGAGCAUCAAUGCAGCCUUCCUUGAAUCCAGGGGAAAGACAGGUAUCUGAUGUAGUUCUUUUAAACCAUUGGAGUAUUAGGAAUUAUGAAGUGCAACGUGGAGACAUUGUGUCAUUAGUGUCAGGAGGGACUCACCUGCAAAGCCAGAGCUGGGAGUUGCAGCUGCCCAACACAGUGGACUGCUGAGAGGAUUUCUGUGGCUGAACUCAGGAGACAAAUGGAACCAAGUCAUGUACUACUCCCAUGUUCUAGGGAAGUCUUUUAAACAUUAUUUUUAUUAAGUAUCUUCUUUCUUUUUUUAGUCAGAGGAAAAAGCAAAAGGCUGUUUCCUACUCUACAGGAUGGAUCUAACUAUAUAUAUUAGUUUUGUGAGGUAAAGCUUUAAUUCUUUUGAAAGUCAAUUUUUCUCCUCUUGCCAAUAGUUGUGUAAAGGACAUAAGUCUCUGUAUGCAUAAGUGAGUACAACUCCUUUGAUUUCAGUGGAAUUAUACCUGCUUUCACCAGCAAUGAAUUUACUCUGAAAUAUCUGUGGAAACUCUUGCAAAUAUACUUAUUCUGGUCUAAAGUUCCAAUCUGACAACCAAUGUAUAGUUUCUUUUAGGGACCACUCUGUAAGCUACUAGUGUGGGAGAUGUAUCCUAGGGGUCACUUCAUAUUUAAAAGCGUCUCUUAAAGUCAAGUAUUCUGUACAAUACACAUGGAAGAAAUAUUAUGAGCCAGACUAAUUCCUAGAGAAAUGUAAAUAACCUCAAUGAGGUUCUACAACUGAUAGUUUUGGUCCUGAGGGUUCAUCUCUUUCUGGUGAAAAGCUCCUCUCCAGCUUUCAGCCUAAAUUAUUUGGCCAUGGCUGUGGAGAUCUUUAGGGGAGAAUAUGUGUCUAAUGGCUGAAGUAGCCUGCUUGACUCUCGUAGGUGAUGAGGAAUCACCAGAGAAGCUGGAUGAAGCAGAUCCUCAAGCCCUCCUGCACAAUACAGAGAUUUGCCUCUGAACUGAACUGAAGGA